AUGGACGGAUUGAACGAUUAUCGCACGGCACGGGUUGCAGAGAUAUUAUCAGAUUUUCGUACAUUGCAAUACUACAUCGCAGCAGCGCCAUCUGAACCGCCAAACACCGAAGACUAUUACACAGAAGGGUGGGCAGCAUUGCGGCAAUGUGCGCUAGAUGGACAACAUAUACUGAACUGCGCGGCCGACACAUCGGUCCCAGAGACCUCUGGUGGCGAAGAUGAGCAAAUUAAGGCCGAGUUGAAGCAAGUAACACUAGACGCAUUUACGCGCCGACACGAGGGACAGAAGAUUUAUCUGCGGCAGGCGGCAGCACAGAGAUGGCUACAAUAUCGAGAGCAGGUCCUCCAGGGCGGACGGCCCAGUUCGUCGAACCGAAGACAGUUGCGAGCUUGUGAUGAGCAACUGCGUAAUGAAUUAACACAAAUCACCGACGAGGCGAUAUACCAAGAAUUGCGAAACUCGGACGCGACUAUGGGCCGCUGGACGGUAGAAGACCCGAGUCUACGAGCAGUGCAGCGCUGGGUUCGCUCGCGCCCGCCAACCGUUUAA